AUGAGUUUAAAUGAUCUGUUAGUAGAUUAUAGUGGGAGUGGUCAUUCCUAAUUCGAGGAUCAAACAAAAAAGCAAUUCACGGGACCUGCCAAAUUUGCGACAAAAAUAGAUCCGCUCUAAGAUGGUGAUUAUACUAUAAAACCACCAUCAAUGUCUAGUUUACACAAAGUAACCGAUCACAUUCCUCCUUCAUAAUCGCCGAAUUCUGGAAUGAUUUAGUUUUCUCCAAAGACUUCUAUUCUUGAGGAGAAAGUCUUGAUGAAUCCUCAAAACAAGGAACAAAUCAAAGAAAUUGGAUAAACAACUGUGCUUGCAUAGAAGGAAGGUAUCAACAAUUUCAUCAAAUUGGUAUUGGCUAAAAGCUACUUCAACCGUUUUGUUGAGAAUAUGCUCCAAAAAUCCUAUGUGAAGAAAUUGUCACAUUUCAACAUUUAUUAAAAUACCAUGUUAGACGAUCUAAGAUAUAUCGAUUCAAAACACAAGAUCCACAAGAAUCUGAUUGGCAAGAUCUGCAAGAAGCUUAGGUUUGUGCCGAUCUUUGAUUAAAGCAGCUAUUUGGUCAUUGGAUGGCAAUUGCUUCACAUCUUAACGAUCAUCAUUAUAUUUUUUUGGACUCCCUUCAACAUCUCCUUUGGAAUCACCUUUGAACAAGUCGUAUUCGAAACAUUGACAGUGAGAGACGUAGAAUACUAUUUUUUAUUUUCCAUUCUCGUCGAUGCCUUCAUCGUUAUCAAUACAUCCUAUAUUGAAAAAGGAAUCAUCAUCAAACAGAGAGGCAAAAUCUUUAUUAAUUAUGUCAACACAUAAGGAAUAUACGAUUUAUGUUCAUUCGCCUCAAUGUUGGUUGCCCAAUAAUUUAAUGUGGACAGUUCAAAUGAGAAAAUCGGAUGGCAACUGAUACCCUACACAAUAUACUACUGCAGUAGACAAUUUAAAUUGCAAGCCAGAGUACAUAAACUUGAAGAAUUUUUCAACUUUUCAGGGUGGGUACAAGAUCUAAUCGAGUUGGUUAAACUCCUAUUUAUGGUAGUGUAUGUUGGUCAUCUCUUCGCAUGUUUAUGGCACGGCGUAGCUUUCUAUUAAAUAGGGUUCAGAAGGACUUGGCUUGAAGCCUACGAUGUGGCUACUUAAGACAUUUUUACUAAAUACAAUUAUGCAUUCUAUUGGUCAGUCUAAACAAUGAUCACAGUUGGAUACGGAGAUCUAACACCACAGAAUAAUUAUGAGAGAUUGUGUGCCAAUCUCAGCAUGUUCUUAGCAUGUGGUGUAUUUGCCUUUUCAUUUAAUAGUAUUGGUCUUAUGCUCAGCAAUCUAAACUCCAGAUAGGUGCUCUAUAAACGUAGUACAAACUUAUUGAAUUCCUAUUUGACCAAAAAUUAAAUUAAGAUCGAAUUGCAAUCCAGAAUAAGAAAUUAUUAUGAUUAUAUCUUUCAAGAGGAACAGGAAAUCAAUGACGAGGAAGUCUCUCAAAUCACAACCAAGUUGUCCAGUUCACUUUAAGAAGAAUUGAAUUUUGAAAUUCGAUUAAAUGUUAUGAAGACAAACAAAGUGUUGACCAAAUUCUCUUAAAAAACACUUAGACAACUGUCUUUGGUAAUCGAAGAAGUAAGAUAUUCCCCUGAGGAUUAAAUUUUACUCUAAGGUACUCAAGAUGAUUGCUCUCUAUAUAUCAUCACUAAAGGAACGGUGUCUGUGUUAUUUCAAGAUGAACCUCAAGGCAGGAACACGAGAGUGCUUUCCUAUCUAGAAAAAGGGGAAUCUUUUGGCGAAUACUCAUUUUUUACAGGACUCAAUAGAUGUGCCUCAGCUAAAAGUAUAGGCUUUUCAAGAGCUUACAAAAUCCCCAGACAAUCUUUAUUAGUUGUUUUAUAAACUAAUUAAAUUGACUUAGAACGCUUUUGUGAAGUAAGAGAUUCCAUGUUGUUAGGUGAAAACUUUCAACCAGCAAAAUUAAGUUGUUAUUCCUGCAAAAAGUUCAGUCAUCUAAUAAAAGAUUGUCCAGUUCUCCAUUAUGUAGCUGACAAAGAAAGAGUGAUCAAGAAGGAGUACUUUCCCUUCCAAUAAGAGAGAACCAUCACCUACAAGAGAAAAAGGACUGAUCGCAAUUAUUAUGCUACUUUAUUGGAGAUGAAAAAGACCAUUGCUUAUAUAAGAGAUUUUCAGACCAGAGAAACUCAAGCUGACAAUAUCACUGUAAUUGAAGAUGAUUUGGAUGUUUCCUAUGAAGAAAACGAUGGAUCACCCAAUGAACAAGAUUAUUCCUCUUUCUCCAAGAGCUUCUCGAAAAUAUCGAGACAACAGUCGUAAAAUAGGUCUUAUUCCUAAUACGAUAACAAUAACAACACAAAGAAUCUACAACCUAUAUAGGAAAGCGAAGACUCAGCAGAUAGUCCAAGUCCGAAUAAGAAAAGGAACAUGCAAGUCAAAUAAACACUCUAAACUGCUGGAUUCGGAGGUUAAGAUUCCUUUUAAACCAGAAUACGAACUGACGAUUAGGAUCUAAAUGCUACAAGUUUUGGGAAUGUCACUCCUUCGAUGAAAGAUGAAAAUAGAUACAACAUCAAAAAUGAUUCGCUCAUUCUGCCAAAUCAAGUUGAUACUCAAGCAAGACUGAAUAAAAAAAGAAUUACUUUAGUUAGAAAACAAAAGCGAGAGGAAUCCUACAAACCCUUUUCAUCCUAAACCAAAGUGGACACCAAUCAAGAGAGGGAAAAAUCAUAGCCAAAAAAAUCAAAAAUGAAGGAUCCUCUUGCUGAUAUCCCAAUCACUCCUUCCAUCUAAUCGGUUGAUCAUAAGAGAGAUUCCAUAGAUAGGAAGGAUGAAAGAAGGGAAUAAAAAAGGAGAACCACGAAAACCAAAACCAAUAGAAGUAGAACUGCUAAAACUCAUAAAACCACCAAACUAGUUCAAGAUACUCCGACUCAGGAGAUUUCAAUUCCAGUUUUCGAGAGAUAGGCUGUAUCUAUGGAAUUGGAAGAUUUUGAAGUAUUAAAGAACUUUUCUCACUAUUUCAGUUGGAAUAAUGCCAAAGUAGUUGUUGCAAGAACUAUGAAAAUUUUAUUAAAGAAUCUUGAAAAAAGAAGAUAUUACAUUAAUUAAUUUUCAUUUUAUACAUUCAACUCACUAGCAAUUGCAAAGAUAUAGAGAAUAAAAAGAAAGCUCAAAUUAAUAGAGGAUCCACCCUUGGAAAAAAAAUCUGUUCAUCCACUAAACAAGAACAUUAAGCUAAGGAGGGGCAGUAAGAGAAGCACCUAAGCUGAUGACAUUAUUGGAUUGUUUUAGAAGAAACCUCAAUUUGGAACUCAAAUUUAAGUUCUCCAAGGCAUUUCUAUUUCCAGGUUUAGUCGAAAUGAUUUGGACUUUAGAUGA